AAACCGCUUUGCUACAGGAAGUGACGAAAGCUGGGUGGACCAACCGGGCAAGGCUGUCUCUUCCUCUCCACGCGGUGGACGAGCUCGGCAGGCCUGCACCGCUCGUGCUGAAGGAUGCCGGGGAAACUCCUUAGUGACGCAGACUUGGAAUCAGACGCGGCCAUGGGAAAAGUGGAGACACCGCGGAAACAAAAUGAGAAGAAAAAUAAAAAAGAGAAGCCAAAAUCUAAUAAGACUGAAGAGGCAGCAGAAGAAAAGGAAGAAGCCAUUUCCCCCAAAGCUAGAAAAGUUAAAAAGAAAGCAGAGCCUUCUGAGGUCGACAUGAAUUCUCCUAAAUCCAAAAAGGCAAAAAAGAACGAGGAGCCAUCUCAAGAUGAAGUUAAACCCAAAAAGGCAAAAAAGAACGAGGAGCCAUCUCAAGAUGAAGUUAAAUCCAAAAAGGCAAAAAAGAACGAGGAGCCAUCUCAAGAUGAUGUGAUUUCUCCUAAAAUCAAAAGUGUAAAAAAAACAAAGGAGUCCGUGGAAAAGAAAGUUUCCUCUAAAACCAAAAAAGUAAAAAAAAGUGAGGAGCCUUCUGAAGAAGAAGUGGAUGCUCCUAAACCCAAGAAGAUAAAGAAAGAAAAGGAAAUGAAUGGAGAAAUUGGGGAGAAAAGCCCCAAACUAAAGAAUGGAUUCUCUCAUUCUGGACUUGACUCUAACUCCAGUGAAGCUGCCAGUGAAGAAAGUAACAGUGAGUUGGAGCAGGAAAUACCUGUGGAACAAAAAGAAGGCGCUUUCUCUAAUUUCCCCAUAUCUGAAGAAACUAUUAAACUUCUCAAAGCCCGUGGGGUGACCUUCCUGUUUCCUAUACAAGCGAAGACAUUUCACCAUGUGUAUAGUGGAAAAGACUUAAUUGCACAGGCGCGGACAGGAACUGGGAAGACUUUCUCCUUUGCCAUCCCUUUGAUUGAGAAGCUGCUGGCGGAACUGCAUGACCGGAAGAGAGGCCGUGCCCCUCAGGUACUGGUUCUUACACCCACAAGGGAAUUGGCAAAUCAAGUAAGCAGAGACUUCAGUGACAUCACAAAAAAGUUGUCAGUGGCUUGUUUUUAUGGUGGAACUCCCUAUGGAGGUCAAAUUGAACGUAUGCGGAAUGGGAUUGACAUCCUGGUUGGGACGCCAGGUCGAAUCAAAGACCACCUGCAGAAUGGCAAGCUAGAGCUCACCAAGCUUAAGCAUGUUGUCCUGGAUGAAGUGGACCAGAUGCUGGAUAUGGGGUUUGCUGACCAAGUGGAAGAGAUUUUAAGUGUGGCAUACAAGAAAGAUUCAGAAGACAAUCCCCAGACACUGCUUUUUUCUGCAACUUGCCCUCAUUGGGUAUAUAAUGUUGCUAAGAAAUACAUGAAGCCUACAUAUGAACAGGUGGACCUGAUUGGUAAAAGGACUCAGAAAGCAGCAAUAACUGUGGAGCAUCUGGCUAUCAAGUGCCACUGGACUCAAAGAGCAGCAGUUAUUGGGGAUGUGAUCCGAGUGUACAGUGGAUUUCACGGGCGCACUAUCAUCUUCUGUGAAACCAAGAAAGAAGCCCAGGAGUUGUCUCAGAAUACGUCCAUGAAGCAGGAUGCCCAGUCAUUACACGGAGACAUCCCACAGAAGCAAAGGGAAAUCACCCUGAAAGGUUUUAGAAAUGGUGAUUUUGGAGUUAUGGUUGCAACCAAUGUUGCUGCACGUGGAUUAGACAUCCCUGAGGUUGAUCUGGUUAUACAAUGUUCUCCACCAAAGGAUGUGGAAUCCUACAUUCAUCGAUCUGGGCGAACAGGUAGAGCUGGAAGGACUGGGAUUUGCAUCUGCUUUUAUCAGCACAAGGAAGAAUAUCAGUUAGCGCAAGUGGAGCAAAAAGCGGGAAUUAAAUUUAAACGAAUAGGUGUUCCUUCUGCAACAGAAAUAAUAAAAGCUUCCAGCAAAGAUGCCAUCAGGUUUUUGGAUUCUGUUCCUCCCACUGCUAUUAGUCACUUUAAGCAGUCAGCCGAGAAACUGAUAGAGGAGAAGGGAGCCGUGGAAGCCCUGGCCGCAGCUCUGGCCCAUAUUUCAGGUGCCACAUCUGUAGACCAGCGCUCCUUGAUCAACUCAGAGGCGGGCUUUGUGACCAUGAUCUUGAAGUGCUCAAUUGAAAUGCCAAACAUUAGUUAUGCUUGGAAAGAACUUAAAGAGCAACUGGGUGAGGAUAUUGAUUCCAAAGUGAAGGGAAUGGUCUUUCUCAAGGGAAAGGAGGGUGUUUGCUUUGAUGUCCGUACUGAAGCAGUCACAGGAAUACAGGAAAAAUGGCAUGAUUCCCGGCGCUGGCAACUCUCUGUGGCCACGGAGCAACCGGAGCUGGAAGGACCGCGGGAAGGAUUCCGAAGCUUCAGGGGACAGCGGGAAGGCAAUCGAGGCUUUAGGGGACAGCGGGAUGGAAGCAGAAACUUCAGGGGACAGCGGGACGGAAAUAGAAACUUCAGGGGACAGCGAUCAGGCGGUGGCAACAGAAAUAACAGAUUCCAGAACAAAGGCCAGAAACGGAGUUUCAGUAAAGCAUUUGGUUAGUAAUUGAAGUAGACGAUUUAUAUGGCAAAACAGAACUAUGUUUGGCAACAUGGAACUGAACUUUUUUUUCCCAUGCAAAGUUAAAAGCACAUUGUGUUUCCUUCCUGACCACUUGCCCUGG